CCUGGCCCGCCCCGGCUGCGGGCAGCCCGGGCGCCGGCCCCCGCGUCGGGCCGGGGCCGCCGCGAUGGACCCUCCCGCGGGCAUCGCCUGCGUCCUGCUCUGCUGCGCGCUCGCCCUGCCCGCCGGCGCCCUGCGGCGCCCCGGGGACAGAGAUCCAAUUCUGAGGAAUUUAGAGGAGUACAGCCUUGUCAUCCCCGCCAGCACCGAUGCAGAGGGCAGGUUCCUAUCCCACUUGGUGUCUGGACAGCCAAAAGGACGCUUCAGGAGAGCUGCGGAGGACUUGCAACAUGAAGCAGCAAAUGAGCAAAUAUUUUACAAUGUUACUGUUUUUGGAAGAGAGUUUCACUUCAGGUUGAGGCCAAACUCCAGGCUCGUGGCCCCUGGAGCAACAGUUGAAUGGCAGGAGGACUCUGAGGAGACUCGUAUUGAACCUCUCUAUGGGAAUUGCCUCUAUGUUGGGGAUAUCACUGAUUUGCCAAAUGCCUCAGUUGCUAUCAGCAAUUGUGAUGGGCUGGCUGGCAUGAUCCGCACAGACAAGGAUGAGUUCUUCAUUGAACCUCUGGAGAAGGGGGCCCAGGAGCAGGAGGAGGGAGAAGGCAGAACGCACGUGGUCUAUCGCAGAGCAGCUGCUAAGAAGCAGCUUCCUAUUGAGAAUGUGGAUACCCUGUAUAAAGCAGCAAACCUGACUAGCCUGGACAGUCUCGACAGCGCGUUGGGCUUUAUCGAAGACCGGGUGCAGAGAUCGAGGCGGCGCUCCCGGAGGCACGCGACGGAUGAUGACUACAACAUUGAAGUCCUUCUGGGGGUUGAUGACUCAGUGGUUCAGUUCCAUGGGAAAGAACACGUUCAGAAGUACCUGCUGACCCUGAUGAAUAUUGUCAAUGAAAUUUAUCAUGAUGAGUCCCUGGGUGCUCACAUUAACGUUGUCUUGGUGAGGAUAAUCCUGCUGAGCUACGGCAAGUCCAUGAGUCUGAUAGAGAUUGGGAAUCCUUCCCAAAGUCUGGAAAACGUGUGUCGCUGGGCCUACCUGCAGCAGAAGCCUGACACUGGGCAUGCAGAAUAUCACGACCAUGCCAUCUUUCUCACCAGACAGGAUUUUGGUCCGUCUGGCAUGCAAGGCUACGCUCCGGUCACUGGGAUGUGUCACCCUGUUCGAAGCUGCACUCUCAACCACGAAGAUGGGUUUUCAUCUGCGUUUGUGGUGGCUCAUGAAACUGGACAUGUUUUAGGCAUGGAGCACGAUGGCCAAGGGAACAGGUGUGGGGACGAAGUCCGGCUGGGGAGCAUCAUGGCCCCCCUGGUCCAAGCCGCCUUCCACCGCUUCCACUGGUCCCGCUGCAGCCAGCAAGAGCUGAAUCGAUACCUCCAUUCCUAUGAUUGUCUGCGUGAUGAUCCCUUCGAACACGACUGGCCUUCCCUUCCCCAGCUGCCAGGAAUUCACUACUCCAUGAAUGAGCAGUGUCGUUUUGAUUUUGGUUUGGGCUACAUGAUGUGCACAGCUUUCCGCACGUUUGACCCCUGCAAGCAGCUGUGGUGUAGCCACCCUGAGAACCCCUACUUCUGCAAAACAAAGAAAGGGCCUCCGCUGGACGGGACCAUGUGUGCUUCAGGAAAGCAUUGCUUCAAAGGUCACUGCAUCUGGCUGACUCCAGACAUCCUGAAGCAGGAUGGUCACUGGGGGGCAUGGAGUAAGUUUGGCUCCUGUUCUCGCACCUGCGGCACCGGGGUGAAGUACAGGACGCGGCAGUGCGACAACCCCCAUCCUGCCAACGGAGGCCGCACGUGCGUGGGGCCGAGCUACGAGUUCCAGCUGUGCAACACCCAGGACUGCCCCAAGGACAUGGAGGAUUUCAGAGAGGAGCAGUGUCGGCAGUGGGAUCCUUACUUCGAGUACCAGAACACGAAACACCACUGGCUCCCCUAUGAACAUGCUGAUGCUAAGGAAAGGUGCCACCUGUAUUGUGAAUCAAAGGAAACUGGGGACGUGGUGUACAUGAAAAGGAUGGUGCACGAUGGGACCCGCUGCUCCUACAAGGACGCCUACAGCAUCUGCGUGCGGGGAGACUGCUUGAAAGUUGGGUGUGACAGGGUUAUAGGUUCCACAAAGCAGGAAGAUAAGUGUGGUGUUUGUGGAGGAGAUAAUUCCCACUGCAAAGUGGUGAAAGGAACAUUUUCAAGAGUGCCAAAGAAACAAGGGCACAUUAAGAUGUUUGAAAUUCCUGUUGGUGCGAGACAUUUACUUAUACAGGAAACAGAUGCCACCAGUCAUAAUCUUGCGAUUAAAAAUCGUGAGACGGGGAAAUUCAUUCUAAGUGAAGACAACUAUGUGCCUGACUCUAAAGUAUUUAUUGACAUGGGUGUGGAGUGGGAAUAUCGGAAUGACGAUGAUAGAGAAACUGUGCAGACCAUGGGGCCUCUGCGUCAUGGAAUAGUUAUUCUGGUGAUUCCUCAUGGUGGUGCCAAGAUAUCUUUGACUUACAAGUACAUGAUCCAUGAAGAUUCCUUGAAUGUAGAUAACAAUAAUGUUUUGGAAGUUGACUCAGUGUCAUAUGAAUGGGCUCUGAAGAAAUGGUCCCAAUGUUCAAAACCUUGUGGAGGAGGCUACCAGUUCACAAAAUACGGCUGCCGGAGGAAGACAGACCACAAGAUGGUUCAUCGGAGUUACUGCGAGUUGAUCCAAAAGCCCAAGCCCAUCCGCAGGGUCUGCAACCUCCAGGAGUGCUCCCAGCCCAUAUGGGUCACAGGAGAAUGGGAGCCUUGCAGCAAAAGCUGUGGGAAAACAGGGUACCAAGUGCGCUCAGUCCGCUGCAUCCAGCCCCUGCAGGACAACACCAACCGCUCUGUGCACACCAAGUACUGCAGCAACGAGCGGCCCGAGGGCAGGAGGCCCUGCAACCGGGAGCUCUGCCCAGCCCAGUGGAGAAUAGGACCCUGGUCCCAGUGCUCAGUCAGCUGUGGCAAUGGCACGCAGGACCGCCCGGUCCUGUGCCGGACCAGGGACAACGCCAUCGGCCUUUGUAAAGAGAAUAAACCAGAGACUGUAAGGAUUUGCAGACUACCUCCAUGUCAGAGAAAUGUUUCUGAUCCUUCAAAGAAAACCUACAUGAUACAAUGGCUGUCAAGACCUGAUCCAGACUACCCCAUCCAGAAAAUAUCUUCAAAAGCUCAUUGUCAAGGAGACAAGUCAAUGUUCUGUCGCAUGGAGGUUCUCUCUCGUUACUGCUCAAUUCCUGGUUACAAUAAGCUGUGUUGCAAGUCCUGUAACAUGUACAGCAACCUAACAGAGGACAACAAUGUAACCAGUUCUAACCUAAAUAAGAAUAAUGUGAUUGAGGAGGAGCUCCCGACAACCCUCAGCCCUCCUGUGGGAGUGUCCACCACACAGGCUGCCACCAGCCCUCCUCUUGUUUCCAAAACGCGUGCACCUCCUUCCAAUGCAACUGAGGAGCACCCAGAAAUCAAUGCUGUGGAUGUUCCCUAUAAAAUCCACGGGCUGGAUAACGAGGUGUCGCAGCACAACAUCAUUACACGGAGGAGGAUACCUUAUGAAAGGACAAGGAAUCAAAGAAUUCAGGAGCUGAUUGAGGAGAAAAGGAAAAAAGAGACUCUUAGAAAAAGAAACUAAAAUGGUAGUAUGGCACAAACAACAUUUUUCUCUCAUAGAGAUGUUACCAACAUCAUAGUGUUGCCCAUGUCAUAGAGACUAAAAAGGGUGAAAAAAAAAAUAAUCAAAAGUGGUGCUAUGGCAGAGAUGCCAAAUUCUAAAGCCUACUAUCAAUGGGAAUGACAGAUUCUUCCAUAAGUGCUAAUCUGAACACUUUGAGGGCCAGGUUUACAGGGUACAGCAGAGUAUUAGUGCAAUAUCAUUACAGCAUGUCAUCGAGUCCAAACAAGCUAACACCUAGGCCAGGUUAGCAGGUUUCUUGUUUAUGGGCUCUUUUAAGCCUUCUGUGCCUGUGUUUGGGAAUGGUAAUGGGAGUUACAUUUAGGAUGGAGGAAAACAGCCCCAAGAGAUAAUAAAUCCCUUUCACACUGACAAGCAGGUGGCCAGCAAUCCUGUGAUGCUGCUGUGCAUGGCAUCAACCCAAGCACCAACACAGCCCUGGUUCAGGAAGGUGCUUAAGGACUUGCCAGCUUAAGUUUAGCUGACUUUGGUAGAGCUGCUGCUGUGGGCACAGCCAGGCAUGUGCUUACACAGCGUUCUAAACUGGGGCUGUGUAAGAAAAUAUAGAGAAAAUUCUUUAGCCAUAUAUUUAUGUGUACAUUAAAAACUGGCAAACAAUAGUUUAUAUAUUUCCAUAGAUAAUUUCAAAGGAUUCUUCUAAACCUUGAAUUACAUGCAGUGGGAUAGAUCUGGCCAACUUGGACUGACAGCAUCUUAAUUUUUCUGUUUACAGUUAUCCAUAUUUUUAUAGCCUUUAAGUUCCUGUGAUGCAACAACCUCAGUGAUCUUGUUUGGUUGGUGCUUUUUUUUAUUGGUCUGAUGUUUUUCUACCCACAUUCCAUUUCAGUUGAAGAUGACUGGGUUCUUGUUGCCUUUUCCUUGGUGCUUUAUUAAGAACAGUUUUUUUUUUUUUCUCUCAUAGGAUGAGGUUACUUUGGAGGAAACAAUUUUGUAUUCUCUUCCUUUCUUUAAGAGAGCUUUAUUGGUGCAGAACUGAACAAUUGUUUGCUGUGCCCUUGCAUACAGACAUACACAUGUACUCACAGUACCAGGUCUGCUAGAAACUUUAAGGUGUAUAACCUGACAACCCUUUGAGUACUUUCUUUCCCCUCAGGGUCAUCAUGGUCAUUUUCAUAGGCUAUUUUGAAUUCCUGGUUGGAGAUCAGAAGAUGAGUUCAGCUUGGUUCUAACACUGCAGAGUCAGGGAGUGUGGGCUGGUUCCUGCUGUGGGUGCCAUCUGAGAAGGUCUUCUGUCUCCUGGCUUGGACUCUUCCAUUUGUUUCCUCUUUGCUGGUAAACCUCCUGCAGAGCCCAGGGCUUCCCUGAAAUCCUCCUUUUUACCACUAGGUAGGUUUGAUGGCUUCUAGUUCAGAUUUUCCAGUCUGAGAGUAAGAUCUCAUCCUCCAACCUUAGUUUGAAGCAGCACCAGCAAUAACCCUGUAUGUACAGUCACAGAAUUAUUGCCCAUGUGUGGUGUUUCCAGCAAUGUGUAAGCUCUCUGUGGCCUGGCUGCUGGCAAAGAACUUCAGAAGUAUUGCAAGGUGAACCACGUGUGGCUUCCUGCCAUCUGCCCUCGACCACCAGGGCUGAAUGAGCCCAGUCUCCUCUUCCCAACAAGCCAGUCCUGCAGGAAAGAAGAGGAGAGCCUGCAGGACCUGCUGUCUGCAGCACUGAGGUGUUGAACUGUUCUGGCCUGAGCUGUGGCUGGAAGUCUUUGAAGGAGAAGACCUGAUUUAAGAAAAAUCCUUUAUGGAGAUACAAAGCAGAGAAGAAAUGUUUUCAGCUGGUGUGAUGGCACCAAGUGUCCUUUCUAAUAGAGGAUCAAGGUGAUAUACUUGGGUGAGUGUUUCGCUCGGAUAGUACAGAGGUGGGAGUUAAACUGAAGACUAUGAAGUCCAGGAAGCAUAAUUGGCCUGGUAGAAGUCCAGAGCAUUAGGAAACAUCUUCUGGGCCAAGAAGAUGUGGCUGCAGAUGUGAAAACAGCAGCCAGCACAAGUAACAAAGUAAUCUGAUCUGGUUUGGAGAAGUAAAAGAAAAGCUCUGCAGCUUGGCAGCUUUGAGCAGUGGUUGGCUGGGGCAGGGUCUCACCUCAGACUUUAACUCGUGAGACACCAGGCAUUUUCAUGUAGACAGAGGUUGCCUGUGUUGAGUUGCCCACACCGUGGCCUUUGCUGGCCCCUCUCCAUGGCCUGGCUGCUGUGACAGAGCCACAAUGCCUGGGUGAGCCUGGUAUUGGCCCCAGGAGCAUCAUCCUGAGGGAUCUGUGGCUGUCUACAGAGCAGGGUCAGGUCACAUCAGCACAAAACAGCAAUGUGGUAAUGAGCACUGAAGGGAAAAAAAACCCCACCAUGCUAUUUAUAAACAAGGAAGACGUGUCUAAAUCAACAUCAUUCCAGCUGCUGUGCCACAGAAGACACAAGCUCUAACUGGGCUGCCAGCCUGUAGACUUAGUAUUUCUUGCCUUCCACAUUUCCUUUACACAAAUGUGGUUAGUGCAAAACUCAUCUUUUCCCCUUCAAGUUAGUAUCCUGCUUUUAGCUCUGUGGACAAUAAAAAUAAACCACAACUCCCAGCUUUUUCAGAGCCUAGAAGCAGAUCCAAUAAUAUGAUAAACUUAGGAAAAAAGCCUCACAAACCCAAGGGUAGAGGGGUUGGGGCUUGAAGUUACACAAGUGGCAAGGUUGAAGUUGGCUGCCUAAAUGGUACCAGUCUUACUCUCUGGGAAUUUGUGGAGACCCAUUUCUCUGACCUCCAGAAACCUGAGACAACCCAUCUGGUAGCUCCUGUUCUUCCUUAGCAUCAGGAAUAGGCUUAGCCAACCAGGCAAGGUGAAGAAAUGUCACUGGAGGAGGCUCCCACAGUUCAAGUGCUGUCCUACACAAAGCAUCUUCUGUCCAAAGGACUUCUAAGUUGUGUCCCAGUAACAAGUGGGACCGGAGUUCAUUUGGUGCAACUUCAAGAGACCUUUCUGCAAACAGCAUGAGGAAAAGCCUGUUCCAGUGCAGAGACCCAGUGUUUAAAAAGGUCUUGGUGGUUCUUUGCUGGUCAUGUCCAGCUGUGUCUCCCAGUGGCCAGGACUGCUGUAGGCUGAGCAAGGUCAGUUUGCAGGGUCUCUCUCACAUGUGACUGAACUUGCAAAGCUGGUUUGAAAUUCAGAAACUUGACUGCUUUGUUCUGUCUCCAGAGUGAGUGAAUUUGCAAUCAAACAAACCAAAAGCAGAAACUUCUGCUGCACCUUGGAGCAGGAGCAGCCUCCAGAAGGCUGGUGUGGUGCUACACUAGGUCUGGUGCUCAUCAGGGACCCAAUGCAAUGCCCAGUGGCCUCUGUGUUUCGGAAGGGCUUGUUCCCUUCUCAGUCUCACCUUUUGUGAGAUUUCAUUUGAUUUCUUUCUUGCUGGUUUUAAUUCUACUGAAAAUUUCUUUAGCCAUUAUUUGGAGAACAUUGAAACAUAUUUGAAGGAGCAGCUUCAGUCCAUAUUGUUCAAGACAGUGAGAUGCUGUUAGACUCUGUUCCAGCUCCUUAUGGAGCAGAGCCACCAGCUGCCUUCUCUUUUCAGUCUUGCUGUAUGAGUUGCAGGGGGAAGUCUCUUCAGGCCAAGGAAGGUGCCUUCUUCUCAAGCUGGCAUGAGUUUUUCAGAAGGUGGGGUUUUUUUCAGCAGUUUCCCAUGAUGGUGGUUCCCUAAGAACAUGUACCCCACUGCUGCUGGAAAACAGAGCAGAGCUCUAUUAUAGAAUCAUAGAAUUAUAGAAUCAUAGAAUCAUAGGGGUUGGAAGGGACCUCGAAAGAUCAUCUAGUCCAACCCCCCUGCCAGAGCAGGGUGACCUAGAGUACAUCACACAGGAAGGCGUCCAGGCAGGUUUUGAAUGUCUCCAGAGAAGAAGACUCCACAACCUCUCUGGGCAGCCUGUUCCAGGGCUCUGUCACUCUCACAGUAAAAAAUUUUUUUCUGAUAUUCACCUUAAACCUCCUGUGCUCCAAUUUGUAUCCAUUACUCCUUGUCCUAUCACUGGUCAUCACUGAAAAGCUUAACUCCAUCUUCUUGACACUCACCCUUUACGUAUUUGUAAACACUGAUGAGGUCACCCCUCAGUCUCCUUUUCUCCAAACUAAAGAGACCCAGCUCCCUCAGCCUUUCCUCAUCAGGGAGAUGUUCCACUCCCUUAAUCAUCUUUGUGGCUCUGCGCUGGACUUUUUCCAGCAGUUCCCUGUCCUUCCUGAACUGAGGGGCCCAGAACUGGACACAAUAUUCCAGAUGCAGCCUCACCAAUGCAGAAUAGAGGGGGAGGAGAACCUCUCUUGACCUCUUGACCUCUCUAUUGCUAAAGAAAAAGCAGCCCAAGGCAGCUGGUGGGGUUUUGGUCUCAGCUGAUCUUUGUUCCUUUUCAUGCAGUGGAAAUUUUGGUCAUUCUUUGGCUGGUUCAGCUUUGACAUCUGUUUCCUCUUUCCUACAAUGCUGUAAUUGGGCAAGAGCAUCACCAUAGGGUGUCUCCUACAACUGCUUUGCUGUUGCCCAGAUUCUGCAUUUUGAAACAUACUGAGCAGAAAGUGCUAUUUUAAUAUAACCUAAUCCCCAUAAACUAAAGAGAAUAGAUUUGUAAGUCAAUACAUUCCUGCAGAGAACUGAGAGUUAAAGCAACGUGCUCCCAAUGAAUUCUGUGACCUAAUCGUGCAAGUCACAAGCUUCCUACAUUGUCAUUUUUCUGGUGAUCUAAACUGAAAAUCUGAGUGAUAGCCCCUCAUGGGAAAAAAAAAAAAGAAAAAAGAUCCCAGACCAAUUCCAUUGGCUCCAACCUACUGCCAUUUUUUCACCAACAUUCCUUUAAAAAAUUUCUGUCAUCUAUUAUGAACGCAUCACUUUUUAUAUUCAUGUAUCCAUUCAAUAUUUAGAGUCUCACAACAUCUCCAUAGAACACUUUCAGAUAUUUUGAGAAUUCUAGAAAUGGUGCUUUACCAGUCCUCAAAGGGUUUUGUUUUAUUUUAUUACAUAAUGCAUUUAAUGUCUUAUUUACUCACCUACAAUGCACAGUAUUAGCUAUGUUCAUCUGAGUAUCUAUAUGCAACUUCCAUUCACUUACAUAUGCCUUAACAGAAAUUGCAAUAAAUAGCCAUUUCUUGUAUAUUAAAAGUGUAUAUACAAAUUAGAAUCUUUAAUUUUAUAAUUUAUUAAAUUCAAAUGUCUGUGUUCUUUUGCAAAGUGUU